GGUCUGUGACGGGCCGGCGGCGCUGGCGCACCAUGCCGCACGCUGGCGCGGGCGGGGCCGACAGACAGUAGCACUCCGUUCGCGGCGGUACGGCGGUUGGGCGGUACUCGGUCUGACUCGGUCGGUACCACCGGCAGCAGUCUCAGUCCAUCGCCGGCUUCUGCCGGCUGGCGAACCGACAAACCCGGCCUCGAUCACAGUGACAAAAUGGACAAGAUGAGCGGUUAUGGCAAGCAUGUGCAGCGGCAGCGUUUCCCGCGCAGACUGUGACGCGCGCCCCGGGCUGUGCGGCGCUGAGGACCGAGUUGACAUCAACAUCAGACAAUAAUAACAACGCUGAUAGAAGACAGACGUCGCUGUUGUUGUUGUUGUUGUUCGGCCGGGCGCAGACUGCAGAGGCAGGCCAGAGACCGGACCACCGGACCCAGAGUGUAGAGUCAAUAUUUCCCCGAGAUACAACUGCAGACGACGCGAGUGGACGCGAGCGAAGCCCUGCGAAGCCCAGCCGGUGAGCGGCGAGCGCGAACCCGGAGCGUCCGGCGGAUGCCACAGAGACACUCCACCAGUGCCGCAUCCCCGAGGACAACAUGCUGACCCUGGUGUCCACCAAAGUGCUGUCGCUGUCCGCGCUGGGCGCGGGCAGCUUCAUCCUGGGCGUGCUGCCGCUGUGGCUGCGCGGGGGCGUGUCGGGGUCCGCGGCCGGCCCGGACUGCCCGCGACACGCCGCGGGGGCGGGCCUGCUCACGGCCUUGCUGUCGUUCGGCGCGGGCGCGCUGCUGUCCACCGCGCUGGUGCACAUGUUGGCGGAGGCCAGUGAGCUGCUGCCGCGCGCCGCGCCCGUCGCUCUGCUGGUGGGCUUCCUGGUGCUGUACCUGGUCGACGAGCUGGUGCAGAGGCUGGUGGGGCACUCGCCCGCCGCGGCCCGCGCGCACCGCCACCUGCCGCACGCCGCCUGCCCCGUGGACGAGCCCUGCCCGCCCGCCAGCAAAAGCCCGAGCCUUCGCCGCCGGGAAGACUAUGGCUCGAUGGAUGAGUGUGUCGGCGUAGAGAGGCUGCCUGCGGCGACGGGCACCGAGGCGGCGUGCUUGUUGUCCGUGCCAGCGGUGCACGACCAGGGCAGGGACCAGCACGGCCAGGUGCAGAGCCGCGGGGGCAGCCGCGGGGGCAGCCGCGCGGGCAGCAAGCGCGCGUCGGCGGCGUCCCUGGAGGCGCUGGGCGCGCACAGUCCGUCGGUGACGAGCUCCGGCGGCGCGUCGUGCUGGGGGCUGCUGCUGGCGCUCAUCAUCCACUCCAUCAUCGAGGGGUUGGCGGUGGGGCUGGAGGACACGCCCGAGCAGGUCAUCUUUCUCCUGGGCGCGGUGAGCUCGCACAAGCUGGUGGUGUCCUUCUGCCUCGGCGCCGAGCUGGUGGGCGGCGGCGUGGGGCUGGUGCCGCACCUGGUGGCCGUGCUGGUGUUCGCCGGGGGCUCCGCCGCGGGGGUGGGCGUCGGCAUGGCGCUGUACAACCUGCCCGGAUCGGCCGACGCCGCGGACCCCAUGCUGCUGCCCGUGCUGCAGGCCGCCGCCGCCGGCACGCUGCUCUACGUCACCCUGGCCGAGGUGCUGCCCCGCGAACGCGCGCGCUCCCAGCACAACUUCCCGCGCCGCUUCCUGCAGUUCGUGUCCUUCACGGCGGGCGCCGUGCUCAUCACGGUGCUCGUGCUUACCAUGCCAGACGAACAUCACGCACCGGGAGAACAGCCUCUGGGACCGGUAUGACAGGCGGCUGCGCGCACUACAAUGGACUCAAGAGAUCGGCGUCUAUUUCCUUUUAUGUCUCAAUCAACCAAUAAAUUAACUAGUAUAGCUGC